AUGAAAAUCGUUGUAUUACUAUGCCUCCUUUCCAGUUUGACUGCCUUUGUCGUCAUGAGCGAGGAAAACGUAGAAAACUCUGACGACAGACCAGCACGUCAAUCUGGUACUGACAUCAUCGUCACAGUGGACGAGAAUGCUUCGGAUGGCAGUAGUAUCAAGUCAGCUACACUAGCGGAUUUACACGCUUGCGGUAUCUGUUACCAGCUUUACAACGAUUCCGAGCGUCUACCGAAAGUACUAUCUUGUGGCCACACAAACUGCCUCACAUGUCUGAAUAGUUGGCAAAAGCAUGGCUCGUCACCAUUUCCUAUUUGUGCGGUUUGCCGCAAAGUUACUCGCAGGCCAAUCCAUUCACUACCCAAUAACUUCCAGCUUUUGCAAGUUUUGCGAAGGAUGAAGUUAAUAUCUACUGACUCGGAACAACAGGCGAUAGAAGGGCAACAACAGUCUAACGUUCAUGUUGAAGAAGUGGCUCCUGGAAUUACUGCCGUCUGUGACCAAAUUGAUGAAUUCGGUCGUAUAGUUCGCACGGUUGAAAAUGCUUCGGCAGAUCUCCUUUCGCGUUGGGAUAUGACAAAGCGCCAACUACUUCACACAAAGAAAGUGGUUCGUUAA